GGCAUUGUAAACACAAGGAUAUGGCUGACGAGAGGGGUGGAGGUGAAGACAACAUUAACAACAACAUGGGAAACCAGCUACAGCUUUUACCAGACAAUGAGGAAGAGGAGGAGGAAGAUGACAUGGAGACUGAGGACCGAGACAGUGAAGCGKCAGAAAAGCCCAGCAUCAUCACAUUUGACCAGAGUCUUCCCACAUCCCAUGCUUACCUGGGUUCAGACAUGGAGGAGUUUCAUGGCCGCACAGUCCACGAUGAUGACAGCUGCCAGACCAUCCCGGUGCUCCCGCACACAGCCGUGAUGCUGGUGCCGGGCCAGACACUGCCUCUGCAGCUCUUCAGACCGCAGGAGGUCAGCAUGAUGAGGAGCGUGAUCCAGAAAGACAGAACCUUCGCUGUGCUCGCUCACAGUGAUGCAGGAGAACCGGAGGCAGAGUUUGGAACAACAGCUGAAAUAUACGCGUACAGAGAAGAGCAGGAGUACGGCAUUGAAACGGUGAAAGUAAAGGCUGUGGGGAGGCAGAGAUUCAAGGUCCAUGAGAUUAGAACUCAAGCUGAUGGCAUCAGACAAGCCAAAGUGCAGAUCCUUCCUGAACGAAUCCUCACAGACCCCCUCUCCGCUGUGCAGCUCUCACCCCUGUCCAGGCUCCACGUGUCCCCGUCCUCCAAACCCCRAGCUCAGAGCUGCAAACAGGCGCGCUGCUGGUGGAAUACCUAUCGACAGAGGAAGUUCCACUGCGCCAGUCUGACUCCAUGGCCUCCCUGGGUGUACGCACUUUACGACUCUGAGUCUCUCAUGAACAGAGUGAAAAAACAGCUCCACGAAUGGGACGAGAACCUGAAGGACGACUCACUCCCGAUCAACGCCGUAGACUUUUCCUACAGGGUGGCUGCCUGCCUGCCCAUAGACGACGCUCUGCGGCUCCAGCUGCUGAAGAUUGGCAGCGCCAUCCAGAGACUUCGCUGUGAACUGGACAUCAUGGACCGGUGUACGUCUCUGUGCUGUAAGCAGUGCCAGGACACAGAAAUCACUACAAAAAAUGAGAUCUUCAGCUUGUCUCUGUACGGCCCCAUGGCUGCGUACGUCAACCCUCACGGUUACGUCCAUGAAACCCUGACGGUGUACAAAGCCAACAACCUGAACCUGGUCGGCAGGCCCUCCACACUGCACAGCUGGUUUCCAGGGUACGCCUGGACCAUCGCUCAGUGCCGGACCUGCGGCUCUCACAUGGGUUGGAAGUUCACAGCCACCAAGAAGGACUUGUCUCCGCCUCGAUUUUGGGGUCUGACCCGUUCGGCCAUGCUGCCCCGUAUCCCGCAGGAGGAGGGCGACGAGGACAGGGAGGGUUCUCGCCUCCUCUGCCUGUGACAUCAAAAUCAUACAUUUGUCUCUUUAAAAAAGCAAAAACAAAAAAAAAAAAAGAAGAAGGAAAAAAAAUCCCUGCCGACCCUUCCCUAAUCCUGGAGCUCCUGUCAGUGUCUGGCUGCGAAUACUUUACUCAGCACAUCGCACAAGCGCCCACCUCUGGCAGUAAACCCAUCACAUUAGUGGAGAGGUCACUGAGCCUUUAAAUUGAACUUUUUCAUGGUAGAUAUGAGGAGGUCUGAUGAUUGCUUUCAACGUGUAAAAACAAAUUUGACGAGCGCGAUUUGUUACACCGAGAAAUAAAGAAAAUAGGUUGGACCGACUGUGAAUAUCUGUUUAACAUCCCAGCAUGCAGCUACAUUUCACACUCGAAAACAAAACAAAAAACUCAGCUGAACGCUUCGUCCCCUCAGCUCCUCUUGGCCACUCGCAGCGUCUGACCGCAUGCAGCUUACAGACAAACAGCCGGCAGCCACUUUAACAAGUAAACUUGCUGUAAUUUCACCGUGUUAGGAUGCUUUCAGGUGAUAUUUCAGGUGUUGCAGACCAGGGGGAAGAGGAAUCUUUUGGAUCAGAAUGAGCUCAAAUGUGCCGAUCUGWAUUGAAGUUGGGAUGUUUUGAAUUGUGGAAUUAAAUGCAAGAUAUUUUUGUAUGCAGGAGGGUUUGGAAAUUCAUUUAUCAUGCUCCUUCACGUGUAAAUAAACUGCAUUUAAUUAUUCUGGCUACGUUUUGCUCAAAACAAACAAACAAAAAUCUAUAGGUGAUAAUGCUAACAUGUAAAAUCUCUGAUAUAAGUCGUGUCUAAUUUGUAUUCAACUGAGCCUCAUUGUCCCGUUUGAUGAUGUGCUUCAGGAAAAAACGCGUUAUCUUUGGUYGCACACGUGAGCGCCAGAAGCUGGAGAACAAGAGGAGCAUUUACCGCUCUCCAUUUACUUUGUUCAUGGGGUGUGGCAUGUUCGAAAUGUUGUGCCUACGCUCCAGCUCAGUGUCUUUUUCUAAGUUUGGACAAUCUGUCAAYGAAAGAUUAAAACAGCAGCGAGACAAAAAAAAAAAAGCUCAUUGUUUCUUAUUUUAAAGRCUUCUUUUUUGACUUUAAGGUUUUACAGUCUAGAAAAAAGUGCUGGCUCAUGUUGGUUAUAAAUACGUUAUGGGGCAGUUGCAGCAUUUGUUGUGUAAUGUGACUGUUCUGCUGUUCGUAGAAUAUAAUAAUAUAUUUUGUGACACUGAAAAUGGUUCGAACAUUUAGGGUUUUUUUAUCAUAGUUGAACACAAUAAAAGUUCAUAAAGGAUCUAAAA